CCGGUAGCUGAAGAAAGCAUUUUUUGGCGUAGUUUUUACUUCAGUUGAAGUUGGUCUCUUGAUUGCGGUAUCCAUUUCCUUUGCCAAAAUUCUUCUACAAGUGACUAGGCCACGGACAGCAGCUCUUGGCAGAAUCCCCAGGACUAGUGUUUACAGGAACAUGCAGCAAUAUCCAGAAGCAACCAGAGUUCCUGGUGUUCUAAUAAUCAGAGUCGAUUCUGCAAUUUACUUUUCCAAUUCCAACUACAUAAAGGAGAGGAUAUUGAGAUGGAUACUGGAUGAGGAAGAAAUGCUGGCUGAACAUAAACAACCCGAAAUUCAAAAUUUAGUACUGGACAUGUCACCUGUGACAGACAUAGACACUAGUGGUAUUCAUGCCUUGGAAGAACUGUACAAGAGUCUCCAGAAAAGGUCUAUUCAGCUCAAUCUAGCAAAUCCAGGGCAAGUUGUACUCGACAAAUUACAUGCAUCUGAGUUUGCAAACAUGGUCGGAGAGGACAAGAUCUUCCUAAGAGUUGCAGACGCCAUUGUUAUGUGUGCUCCCAAAUUGGAACAAGUAUAAUAUCAAUGUAUACAUCUAUUUCACAUUACUACAUGCUGUAAGUAUAUGAUCAUCAGUUGAUCAUUACCUUUGUACAGUUUCUGAAUACAUGAUCCAAGCUGUACCUAUCAAAAAUUUGCUUCUGAGAUAUUUCCAUGGAAACAAGUUCUACA